UGGCAGGCAGAUUCUUAACCAUUGUGCCUCCAGGGAAGUCCCUGUCACUGACUCUUGUGUAAUAGACAACAGAGUGAAAUUCAGAGGUGUGGAAGAGAAAGAGCCACGGUAUCAUGUGUAACUCUGUUGUGAAAUCAGCACUUUUGUAAAUUUGCCCUGGAAGUAAGCUCCCUGAGGACAAGAAAGAUGAUCUUAUUGAAUUUUGUAGCCUCGGCUCUUAGCCUAAUCCCUGACCCACAGCGUUUCUGAUUGAAUGAUGUUUAUCCAAAUCAUGACAGCUAAGUAACAGAAAAUUAAGGGUUUUAAAAUUUUUUUGAAAAGAGGUUUUCUCAUUAUAUCUUUGAUGUUAAGGUAGGCAGUCAUUUCGGGGUUCAUUCCUAGAUGACUGGUUAUUUGCUUUAUUUUUUCAUGUUAGAUUCUCAGUGAAGGAAAUAGGUGUCUGGCCCUGGCACCUAACCUGAUGUAUUUGAUAUUUCAGUGAAUCUCACAGCAACAUAGGUAUCAUUGUUAUAUUUAUCAUAACCCCAAUUUCACAGACAGGGAUGCUGAGAGCUGAGAAAACUUAGUGACUUGCCCAAGGUCAUCCAGCUAGUAAGCGAUGCAGCUUGUAUUUUCCCUGCCCCCAGACCUCUGUUCUUUCCCUGCUCCAGGCUGCAACCCUAUUUCCAUGAAGGCUCCUUUUCUGAGCACACGCUUGCCUUAGAGUUUAUUAGCUCAAAGUGUUCCCAGCGUUUAGCUUUCCUAGGGGCCCUCUUUUUAGGUGAAAGGGCCACCAAGAACACCUCUCCACUAGCCUGUGGACAAAUGGUCCCAUAAACCCCACUGACAAUGUUUAAUUUGUGGGAAAUGUCAGUUGCCAUUUCCUGUGGAGAAAAGGUCACGGCCGACCAUUUAUGAUGCCUGAAUCCAUCUCCCAGCCUUUCCUCUGACAGGAGAGAAGCGGAGAUAGAGGAGGUCUGGGGAGGCUAGGAAGUCAGAAGAAUGAUCACCAACACAUAGUGUGAGUUACAUGAUUGGCUAUUCAAAGCUUAAAUGACAGUAGUUCAAUGUGGGAAAGAAAGACAACAACCCUGCUAGACUUUUCUAAAGGCCAGCGAGCCCACCCGCUUGUGCAAAAUGGGGCUGGGAGCAUCAGUGACCUCCUGGGCAAUGACUUUUGCUGUAGGCCUGCUUGGCACGUGAGGUUUAGAGUGUGUGCGUUAUAAGCCCAAACGUCUCUUUUUGUUGCUCUUGUCCUCACUGGUACUUCUUUUGAUGGUAGAUAAAAGCGAGCCCGUGACCUAAUGCUUUCUUAGGGAAUGCUGCCCAGAACUCUCGCGAUUAGAAAGGAGACUCCACCCAGAAAUUUUCCUCUGAUAUAUUGUGGAGGAUGGUGACCACAAGUACUACAAGCUUUCCUGAGCCAGUUCUGCCACCAUUACUGUAUAAGACGGUUUCUGAGCUAGAAUGACCUAAGAGUAAUCCAAGCAGAAAACUAAGGCCUCAGAACUGUAGGAGGAUGUGUUGCUGAUCAGGAAAUUUGAGGGGAAUUCUCUUGGUUUUUACCAGCCUGCUGUAUUUUCUUAAAAAUCAACUGUCAACAGAGAAGUGCCCCCUUCUGUGGUGUGGAGCUGUACGGGGCCACCCCUGACCCUGCUUUCCUGCUGUCAUCCCAGGGCAACGUGGUGACUAGGUGAGAAGUGCAUAAUUGAUCCGGGUAGCUGGCUUUUUGUCUGAAAGCACAGUCAGAAAAGCCCGCUUGGCCCUUGACCGCUGAUGAACUCACAUGUGUUCCGAAGGCUUCAGGAAUUAAGGUGCGAGAUUGAGUUCAGUUAUCGAAAGACAUUUGCUUCUUUCUCAGACCAGCCCCAGGCCCAUGUUAGUGAUGCGGGCGUCCACGAAACCCUGCUGGAGUGUUCCUUGCCCACCGCCACUGCGAUUUUGCUCGAUUGCUCCAAGACAGUCAGACAAGCCCUAGAGCUCCUUGUGAACAUAUUAAUUAUGUUCCCUGUUUUCACAGGCUUUUCAGGAGGGUUUUAAUCGCUUUGAGUUUAUUGGCCUAUUUUGAAAAUGCUUCUCGCGUUACUGGGGAUGCUCGCACGACACCAUUCCCCCUGCCCUCAAAUAGUGUACCCCAAAGUGCCCGUGUCCUGUGGGGCCCGCGAGGUCAGUGGGGGAAGGGCUGCUGAGUUUGCUCUGCCUUUUCAGUUACUUCAGAAGAAUUAUUUCUGGUUAAAACAAAAGUCAGCGCUAGCUACAGAGCAGGUACUAUUGGAUUCUUGGAGAGGAGUGAUUUCUUAGGGAGACCGCUGGUGAGGCCAUUUGGGUUGAGAGGUUGCAGUGCGUCAGCGCCGAUCCAGCCUCACCAUCCUGCGUCUCACUUGGAGUCUUUGGAGUUUCAAGGUCUGAAAGGAUUUGGUUAAAUCUGCCUGCUCAGAGCCCAGAUGCUCAGCCGCCUGGAAAGGGUGGAGGUGGGGUGGACACGGAGGCAGGAAUAAACAGUUCUGAGCAUGAGGCGCUUCAGCCCCUCCCUCCCUCCCCGGCCCCGGGCCCUCCUCCCUUCUUCUGGAAGGUUAAAGCAGACAGUAUCCCUAUUCUUUCCUGACCUUCUGCUUUCCACACCCACUCUUUAUUCAGCCUUCAAAGCGGCAGUAAUCACCUUAGGUGGCAAGAUCAUGUAGACCAGGGAACACAGGGCUGUCGCUGCUGGAUGAACUGUGCUUGGGAAACACUGGGAAGGGUCCCUGAGCCUUCUGAGUCUCAGCUGGGACUCUGCAGAGAGUUCCAUUGUCCGGAGGGAAGCGAGGUGGAUUCAUUGUAUAUUACAACAGAGGAUAAGGAUGAGUUGGAUGAACUCCGUGCUGAAAUGGAAGAGAUGAGAGACAGUUACUUAGAGGAAGAUGUUUACCAGCUGCAGGAGCUUCGGCGGGAACUGGACCGCGCCAAUAAAAACUGCCGAAUCCUGCAGUACCGCCUCAGAAAGGCUGAGCAGAAGAGCCUGAAGGUGGCAGAGACCGGGCAGGUGGAUGGCGAGCUCAUCCGAAGUCUGGAGCAGGACUUAAAGGUGGCCAAAGAUGUGUCGGUCAGGUUGCACCAUGAACUUGAAACUGUGGAGGAAAAGAGAGCUAAAGCUGAAGAUGAGAAUGAAGCUCUACGACAACAGAUGAUUGAAGUGGAGAUAUCCAAACAGGCCCUCCAAAACGAGCUGGAGAGGCUGAAGGAGAGUUCCCUGAAGAGAAGAGGCAGCCGGGAAAUGUACAAAGAAAAGAAAGCCUUCACUCAGAGCGGUGGAACGGAGCGCCUUGGGAACUGCAGGUCCGCAGCCAGAACUCAGAGGAAACUGGCGCCCCGGCGCAAGGAUGACAGCGCCGACCUGAGGUGCCAGCUCCAGUUUGCCAAAGAGGAGGGCUCGCUGAUGCUCAGGAAGAUGGCCAAGCUGGGGCGGGAGAAGGACGGGCUGGAACAGGAGCUGCAGAGGUACAAGGCCCUCUACGGGGACGUGGACAGCCCGCUCCCCACGGGGGAGGCCGGCGGGCCGCCCAGCACUCGGGAGGCCGAGCUGAAGCUGCGGCUGAAGCUGGUGGAGGAGGAAGCCAGCAUCUUGGGCCGGAAGAUCGUGGAGCUGGAGGUGGAGAACCGGGGCCUCAAGGCGGAGAUGGAGGACCUGCGGGGCCAGCACGAGCGCGACGCCGCGGGCCGGGAGCCCCUGCCCGGCGUUCCGACCUCGCCCUUCGGGGACUCCCUGGAGUCCUCCGCAGAGCUGCGCCGGCACCUGCAAUUCGUGGAGGAGGAGGCGGAGCUGCUGCGGAGGUCCAUCUCCGAGAUCGAGGACCACAACCGACAGCUGACCCACGAGCUGAGCAAGUUCAAGUUCGAGCCGCGGCCGGAGCCCGCGUGGCCGGCGGGGGGCGCGAGCGGUGGAGCGCCCCUGCAGGAGGAGCUCCAAGCGGCGCGGCUGCAGAUCAGGGAGCUGAGCGGGAAGGUGCUGACGCUGCAGCAUGAGAACCAGGUGCUGCUGUUGGGCGCCCCACGCUGUGACCCGGCCGCGGCCCCGGGCCCGCGCGCCCCAAGUCCCCGCGACAGCGACGCUGACAGCGACGCGGGCAAGAAAGAGAGCGACGGGGAGGACGGCCGCUCGCUGCAGCCCAGGCGGGAGGGCCCCAUCGGCGGCGAGAGCGACUCGGAGGAGACCUUCGAGAAGACGUCGGGCUUCGGCAGCGGGAAGCCGUCGGAGGCUGGUGAGUGCCCGACAGAGCUGCUCCGCGCUCGGGAGGGCUCAGAGCGCCUGGCGAGCAUCAGACACGAGGCCGAGCGGCUGGAGCGGACCGUGGAGCGCAUCAUCACCGACACCGACGGCUUCACGGACGUGCCGCUGCAGGGCAGUGGGGCCUUGUCGGCAGCCGGCGUCCAGGGCGCCAAGGAGGAGCCCCAGCUGCUGGGGACCCUCAAUGCGAGGAUGAAGGCCUUCAGGAAGGAGCUCCAGGCCUUCCUGGAGCAGGUGGAGCGGCUGGGGGAGGGCCUGUCCCCUCUGCCCCACCUCACCGAGUCUUCCAGCUUCCUGUCCUCUGUGACCUCCGUGUCCCGGGACUCCCCCGUCGGGAACCUGGGGAAGGAGCUGGGCCCGGGCCUGCAGUCCAAACUGAGAGAUCAGCUGGAGUGGCAGCCCGGGCAGGAGCGAGGGGAGGAGCGGGGGCCCCUGCACCUCCGAGCCACACGGGAGCUGCACCGUCGAGCCGACGGGGACGCGGGGAGCUGCCGGCCUGGAGCCCAGAGCUGCUUCAACCUGGAGGUGGAGGAGGGGCACCUGUGUGCCCUGCGGCGGCGGGAGCUGGAGGUGCACAGCCUGGCCCUGCAGAACUCGCUGCAGGAGCAGACCUGGAGUGACGAGAGGUACUUGAUGCAGCGGGAGCUAUGCUCCCUGAAGCAGAACAUCUUCCUUUUCUACGUCAAACUCAGGUGGCUGCUGAAACACUGGCGGCAAGGGAAGCAGGCGGAGGAGGACGCAGAGGAUUUCACGGAGAGCGAGCUUCCAGAGACCUUCCACAGGCUUGGGGAGCCUGGCGUUCAGGAGGAUGCGAAGGUGGACGGUCCAGACCAAGAUGACGACGGUCCAGGCUGUGGCUUUUCCCUGGGGGAGCAUCCUCCACAGUUUGGUGUGCAGAUCGGUGACCACGGAUCACGGCUGCAGCCCACAGACGGGGGACAGCUCCACAGGCAGGUGGCAGAGAACCAGCCGCUGUUCUGCGCGCUCAAGGCGCUGCUGGAGGAGCUGCGUGUGGAGCUGCGGGAAGACGAACGUGCACGGCGGCGGCUGCAACAACAAUAUGCGGGCGAUAAGGCCUCCUGGGACGUGGAGUGGGCCGCGCUCACAUGCCGCCUGGAGCAGCUGGAAGCGAAGACUGAGAAAAGCUUGGGAGACCUGGGCUCCUCUGCUGACAGCAAAGGGGUGUUCACAAAGGAGAGGGAGGCACAGCAGAAGCUCCUGGCUGACAGUCAUGGGCUGGUCAUGGACCUGCGGUGGCAGAUCCACCACAGCGAGAAGAACUGGAACCGAGAGAAAGUAGAGCUUCUCGACCGCCUGGACCGGGAGCGGCAGGAGUGGGGGCGGCAGGAGAAGGAGCUCCUGUGGAGAAUCGAACAGUUGCAGAAAGUAAACAGUCCCCGGAGAGGUGGCAGUUUCCUCUGUGAUCAAAAGGAAGGCGAUGUCCACCCCUGUGCCCACACGGGGAGCCCCUGGGCACCCCACCCCACGGGGACGUGGCCCUGCAUGGACACUGACUCCAGCACGUUUGAGGACCAGCCGCUGUCCAAGCUGAAGGAAUCGGACAGGUGCUCGGCCCGGGAGAACCUCUACCUGGAUGCCCUGUCCUUGGACGACGAGCCAGAGGAGCCUCCAGACCGCAAGCCCGAGAGGGAGUUCAGGAACUGCUUCCCCGAGGAAGAAGAAAAUCACAAGGGAAAUCUUCAAAGGGCCGUGUCCGUCUCAUCCAUGUCUGAGUUCCAGCGCCUGAUGGAUGGCUCUCCCUUCCUGCCAGAGAAGGGCCUGCCCGCCACCAGCAGCAAGGAGGACAUCACCCCACCCCUCUCCCCAGAUGACCUCAAGUACAUCGAGGAGUUCAACAGCAAGAGCUGGGAUGAUAGGCCCCCAGACCCCUGGGCGGACAGGACCGAGGCGGGUCGGGCGAGGCCCGAGGCCAGCACCGACCCUUUCUCCGACUCCUCCUGGUACCUCACCACGAGCAUCACCCUGACCACGGACACCGUGACCAGCCCGGAGCACUGCCAGAAGCAGCUCCCGCGGAACCUUGUCUGCGCCGAGCAGGCCGGGGUGAGGAUGCUGCACAGCCCGCCCGCCGUGCGGAGGCUGGAUGGCACCGUGGUGGCAGGCGGUGAGGGCAGGGCCCGAGGGGGCCCGGGGGACACCAAGGGGGGCUGUUCUGAACACAUUCUUAGGUGGCCCUGUGCCCCCUCCAAGCACACCCGAGACUACACGGAGGGUGGGCUCUGGCCCCUCGACAGCACCCUCGGUUUCUCCUCCCCGCUGCACAGCCUGGAGAUGUCCAAGAACCUGAGUGAUGACAUGAAGGAGGUGGCCUUCUCUGUCAGCGCUGUCUGCUCCAGCCCCAGGGAACCUCCGGUCAAGGACACGGCCUGCCAGACCAAUGGGUCCCGGACAACAGGGACGCAGACCAUCCAGACCAUCAGCAUCGGCCUGCAGACCGAAGCCCUGCGGGGCAGCGCCGUCACCAGCAGCCCCCACAAGUGUCUCACACCCAAGGCAGGGGGUGGCACCACGCCCAUGUCCUCUCCCUCCCGUGGCCUCAGGAACAGGCAGGUGGCCCCCGCCAUCGAGAAGGUGCAGGCCAAGUUUGAACGCACAUGCUGCUCCCCCAAGUACGGGUCUCCCAAGCUGCAGAGGAAGUCGCUCCCCAGAGUGGACCAGCCAAGCAGCAGGACCUCCCCGGGGCUGGCCCCGAAGGGCUGCGGCGAGUCAGCCUGGGCCCGUUCUACCACCACUCGGGAGAGCCCCGUGCACACCGCCAUCAACGACGGCCUCUCCAGCCUCUUCAGCAUCAUUGACCACAGCCCUAUGGUGCAGGACCCCUUCCAGAAGGGGGUGCGGGCCGCCAGUCGGUCUCGUUCGGCAGAGCCCCCGCCGGAGCUGGGCCCGGACACGAGCCCCAGCUCCCGAGGCCGGUCGCCCAGCCCGGUCGGGGGUGGCUCCGAGACGUGCAGGGAGGAAGGGGGAGAGGGCACGCCUGCGAGGCAGGACCUGUCUGCUCCCCCUGGCUACACGCUCACCGAGAACGUCGCCCGGAUCCUCCACCGGAAGCUGUUGGAACACGCCUUAAAGGAGGAGCAGAGGCAGGCCGCCCACGGCACCCCCAGUCUCAGCAGCAACGGCCCCGUGGGAGAAAUGACGGUCAGAGCCGAGCCAGGGUCCAUCGAGGAACUCCCUUGUUCUGCACUAGCUCCAUCCCUAGAACCCUGCUUCUCCAGGCCCGAGAGACCAGCAAACCGUCGCCCUCCGUCCCGUUGGGCCCCACAUUCCUCCACUGCCUCACCAGCUCCGUCACCCAGAGACCUGACCUCCUUGGAGGAGCUCGGCGACGAGGGGCCGCCCCCCGGGGAGAAGCCACACCUGUGAUGCAGGCUCGCAUGGAUUAUCUGGAAUAAUUCACUGUAAUUGCAUAACCACACCGUCAUCAUCAACCGAACUCUACCCCAAAAGGAGAGAUCUGGUUUUCCCAAGGUCAAAGAAUGUUGUUUUUUUUUUAAAAUAACACAGCUGCUGAAUGUUCAACCUGUGAAUCUGAGAUGUUUCUAGAAUGAAACAGUAAACGUGCCUGUAAGAACUUAAUUUUUUUCAUAGCUCAGAAAACUAUUUUUGUCUCCAUCUUUUUUACAGAAAGUAUAUUAAACAAAAAAGUAAAUAAGAUAUAAAUUUAAAAACAAAGUUUUUAAGAGAUUCUGAACACCCUCGCGCGCGAUACUGACUGCCUCACUGUUAAAUUUGCACUGUUAACAUUUGGUUUGGUUUAUUUCCACGUUGAAUUAGAGUGUUUUAAGUUAAUUUUAUUUUGUCAGUGUUCUUGUUUUUUAAGAAUUUUUGAAAUGCUUCAGACUGUAUGAUUCAGUGAACUUUUUGUAAUGAAAAAACCAUGAAGCCAGUAGACAAGGCAGAUCUCCUAUACCCUUGAGGGGAUAGAUGGCAGCAUUCUGGAAAGGUAGAGAGGCCUCAGCCGGGUUGCCCAGACCUGCUGUAUAAUCCACAUAUUCUCGACCUGCACGUCUUUGGGUUCGAAGCACUGGGGUGCAUGUACAUACCGCUGCUGUGGUCUCGCCCCGCUUAUGUGUGAGCCCUCUGUCCCACUGUGAUACGGUGUGAACCCCCUCGUACUGUACUGUUGUUGUCUUCUCACAUUGAUGAUACGACAGCAAUGGCAUUUUAAAAUUAUUGUUAAAAGAUUAACAGGCAAUACAGUGUUUACUCCAAAUUUCCUUGUUUAAGGAAAAACAACUACAAAGAGUCCUGAGGAUACCAAAUGGAAAGAGAGAGGGUUGUGCCUCGGAGUCUGUAUGAGAUGAUGAUGAAGAAGAAAUAAAGCCUUUACAAGACGGCGCCUGUCCCAGACCUUGUGUCUCACACACCCUCCACCUUUUCCUGACUACUCACGCAAAAGUUUCCCAUUGGAGGGGGUGAGGUGGGGGGGGGGUCAUACAGCCACUCACGUAUCUGACUGGGAUGCACUGUGAGUGCACAACGGCCUUGCAGUUUCUCUGCAAGGGCAUCCUGGAAUAAACAGGCGACUACAUUUUUGCUAAAAAAGAAAAGCCGAAAUGGGUGGGCGAGGGGGUGUGAGGAAAACAGUUAUCCACAGUCAGAAUGUGCCCACCCUCUCCACUCCUUGGAAGGUGGGAGAGGCCGUUUCCAUCCCUGGACUGAGAUGCAGCCCAAGCUGCCAGUGUUUGGUAAGUAGGAGUUUACGAAGAAGUGGUGCUGAUGAAGAAAACAAGAACUAUUUCAGGCUGAAGCUUCUAGCUGUAAUCUUUCAGUAACAAACCCGCUAUGGUAUAAGUUAUUUUCCCAGUAUUACCACAGUUCCAUUACCAUUAAACUAAAUAUUUUUUUUAUAAACACAAAGUACUGUUGGACAUUGGAGCCUGCUGUAGCUGCUGCAGGAAAACAGCCUGACAGUUCCUUAAAAGGUUAAACAGUUACCAUAUGAUCCAGUAAUUCCACUUUUGGGUGUAGGC